AUGGAAAAAACAGAGUGCGACCUAAUGUUCUCUCUCCCUUCCUCCCCACCUUGCCAUUCUUCUCCAUGCACCCAGCGCCGGUUCACCGAGGCCAUAGCGUGUCUGCGCCCGCAGCAGUGGUCUUCAUCUCCUCCUCACUUCCCCCCCUCCCUCCACUCCCCCCCCCUCCCUCCACUUCCCCACCUCCCUCCACUUCCCCCCACCCCCCUGUGCAGCCAGCGCCGGUUCAACGAGGCCAUAACGUGUCUGCGCCCGCAGCAGCGCUUCUCCCAGCUUCUGCACAAGAUGCAGAUCCUCGGCUGCGGCCCCCGCCCUGGGGGAGUGGGGGGAGCGGGGGGAGCGGGGGGAGCGGGGGGAGAGGGAGAAGCGGGGGGAGCAGCUGGAGUGGAGGGGGCGGGAGGAGCGGGGAAAGUGGGGCAAGCAGGAGAGAGCAAAGGGGGACCGGGGCAAGGGGAAGCGAGGCAAGGGGGAGUGGGUGAGGAGGGCAGUAGAUCAGAGGGCAGUGAGCUAGCGCGUGCUGGCUCUAAGAGUGAGAUUGGCCGUGACGGUGGCCCUCACUCUGUCUUCCAUUUCCCCACUUCCUCCCCUUCUCACUCCCCUUCUCACUCCCCCUCUAACUCUCCCUCUCACUCCCCGUCUCAUGCUCGCUCGCCCUCCCGCCCGCGCGCCUCAAGUGUGGAGGUCCCGAGGGAGGGGGAGGUGAUGGUGCCGGCAGCAGUGCCGGCAGCAGCGGCGGCGCGCUCCCCCGUGCUGCUGCUGAUUGGGGGAGGCGCGGGCGCUGGCAAGUCAACUGUUGUGAAAGAAAUCAUGAAACGGCAAGUCAACGGUGGUCAAGGAGAUCAUGAGACGCACCUUUUGGGCGCGCAUGGCGCCACAUGCGGUGGUUGUCGAGGCCAUCCGCACCCCCCUCAGCACCUUUUCCUUCGAUGGUUCCCCUUUUGGGCGCGCAUGGCGCCACACGCGGUGGUGGUUGAUUCCGACGCGUUCAAAGAAAAGGACGCAAUCUUCCGCGCGCUCUCCGCCGACCGGCUGAACGACGCCGCCCGGAUCUCACAGCUCGUGCACGAGGAGUCGACCCGGGCGGCGCAGUCAACGCUGGUAACCGCGCUGAACAAGGGGAGAGACGUGAUAUUCGACGGGACCAAGUCGUGGGCCCCGUUUGUGCAGCAGACGAUUGCGAUGGCUAGACAGGUGCAUGAGAGGCGGUUUCGCAUGGGGCCGGGGUAUCAAGUGAGAGAGGAUGGGAGUGUGGUGGAGCGGUAUUGGGAGGAGGUGGACGAGGAGGGGGAGAGUGAUAGAGGAGUGGAGGAGGGGAGGGAGAGAUGGGAGGAGGAGGGGAGGGCGAUAGAGGGUGGAGAGGGGGUGGGGAGCGAGAGAGGGGAUGGGGAGGAGGAGAGGAGGAGGGAUAAGCCAGGAAAGGAGGGUCAGCACCGGCCGAAGCGGCACAACAGUCCGAGGAGGGUACUGGGUUCGAGCAGGGGAAGCUAUUGCAGCAGCGAGACGGGGCAGGGGCAGGGGCAGGGGCAGGGGCAGGGGCAGGGGCAGGGGCAGGGGCAGGGGCAGGGGCAGGGGCAGGGGCAGGGGCAGGGGCAGGGGCAGGGGCAGGGGCAGGGGGGCAUGGAGGGGGCCCGGCAGGGAGGGGGGAUGUGCUGGGAGAGGAGGGGGCAGAGGGGAGGCAGUGAGCAGCGGCUGCCGUAUCGGAUCGAGCUGGUGGGCGUGAUGUGUGACGCGCACCUGGCUGUUGCUCGCGGCAUGCGGCGAGCCAUUUUGAGCAGGAGGGGAGUGCCGGUGCACAAGCAGCUGCAGUCGCACAGGCGGUUUGCCAGCAGCGUGGAGGCGUACUGUGACCUCGUUGACGUGGCUACUCUCUACUGCACCGACCACACGGGCGGGCCGCCACAGAAGAAACCUGUGGUGGCUGCCUGGAUGGUGGUUGUCCCUGUGGGGCUGGGGAAGCUGGGCAGUGCGGGCAGGCGAGGAAAAGUUUGGGCCGGGCAGCACGUGGAGGGAGGUGGUACUGGCGGAGGAGCGGGAGGCGCGGCAGGCUCGACUGAGGGAGGCGUUUACUGA